AUUUUUGUGCUUUGAUCCCAUCAAAGAUGGAAAAGAAUGUUAAGUGACUGGUAUUUAAAUGUGGACGACGCAAAAGAGAAUAUGAGGAAAUCCAGGGGCAUUUGUUUCUCAUAAUUCGUGUAUAUAAACUUAACCCAUGGUCUCUUUUUGUUAGCGGCAUUUGCUGCGUGAAAAGCUCUUCAACCCAAUUACUCCAAACACAGCAGUCCAUCAUCAGCCAAUAUUUCUUUCAAUUUUUCUUGGCAAACGAUUUAACAUGGCUGACAAUGGUUCUGUUGAAGAGUUCUUAGCAACUGCAGUCGAUGCAGCUAAGAAAGCCGGCGAGAUAAUCCGUCAAGGGUUUUACCAAACCAAGCAUGUGGAGCAUAAGGGCCUGGUGGAUUUGGUCACUGAGACUGAUAAGGCAUGUGAAGAUCUUGUAUUCAAUCAUCUCAAGCAGCGUUACCCCUCUCACAAGUUCAUUGGUGAAGAAACUACUGCUGCUUGUGGUAUGUCAGAGCUGACUGACGAGCCUACCUGGAUAGUUGAUCCUCUCGAUGGAACAACCAAUUUUGUGCAUGGUUUCCCCUUUGUCUGCGUCUCCAUUGGUCUUACAAUUGGAAAGGUUCCUACAGUUGGUGUUGUUUACAACCCAAUAAUGAAUGAGCUAUUUACUGGUGUACUUGGAAAAGGUGCUUUUCUCAAUGGAACCCCUAUUAGAGUAUCAUCACAAGCUGAACUUGUGAAGUCUCUCCUUGCAACAGAGGCUGGAACAAAACGAGAUAAGUUAACUGUGGAUGCUACAACAAAUAGAAUCAAUAACUUACUCUUCAAGGUGAGAUCACUUCGGAUGAGUGGUUCCUGUGCAUUGAACCUUUGUGGAAUUGCAUGUGGAAGGCUUGACCUGUUUUACGAACUUGGAUAUGGGGGUCCAUGGGAUGUGGCAGCUGGUGUUUUAAUUGUUAAAGAAGCUGGAGGGCUUGUGUAUGAUCCGUUUGGUAAAGAUUUCGACAUCACAGCUCCACAAGUUGCUGCUUCAAAUCCAAUCCUGAAAGAUGCAUUUGUUGAGGCUUUGCAGCAAUCAGAAUGAGGCAGCAUUGAAAAUCUACGAAAGCCAGAAAUUGCUUAUACUUAUAUUAAGUGUAAGUAACCAUUAUCUUAUGAUUGGUUAAAGACUUUUUUUUUUAGAAUAAUAGUAAUGAUUCUUCGAAUAGGCUUGGCCCUUAGGUUACAGAUUAUUUCGUAUAAUCCAGUUGAGAUGACAAAUAGCAAUAUUGGCAAUAUAAAUUUGCUUCUGUUGAAUUAUUGUUGGUUACGUAGUACUAGUACUUUUUGCCGUGCUUUCUUUGAUGACUGAUAUCAAUAUUUUGAGCACCCAUUGCAUAAGGCUCACAUACGUCUGCUAUAGCAUGGACUUUUAUUUUACAAAAAAAAAAAAAAAAUCCACAUCAAGAGUAUUUGACUUAAUGAUAAGUCUAUGUAUAUAUCUCUUUAUUAAAAAAAUUGAAUUUAAAUUCUUUUUCUUAAAUAAAAAAAAUUUCAAACCAAGCAAGCAAUAGAUAUCUACAAAUAGAAAUGGACCGCCCUCAAAUGUCUCAAAUCUAAAGCACAAGGUGGUUGGGUCCAUCAAUGGAUGACGUUUCCCCAGAGUUCCUCACUUAAUAACUGUGGCUACACUUCACUUUGGCAAUUGAUGUUCUUGCUUGCAUAACCAUAUAUAUAUAUACAUCAGCAAUAGAAACAUGAUGGGGCCCAAUUUGGUGAAACCUUUUGAACGGCACUGAGCCUGAACGGGUCCAAAAGAUCUCUACGCCUGACAUAUAGGGACCAGGUGGGAGUAGUGGACGCAUACAUCCACUAGAAUUAUUGGGCUCUGCAUAAGUUCAAGGAACACCAAUAGAAAAUAUCACAGAAAAAUCACCGCCCAUAAUAUUUGGCCAUUGAGAAGGAAAAGUGGGUCUCAGCCAUGUCCAUGGUUUAGAUGUGGCCCUGCCCUUCAAAAAGUCAUUGUCAGUUAUUCCCGUCUUAUUUCAGGGACAAAUGCUUUUUUCAGAAGUAUCCAUCAGCAAGCAGUCCUACUCACUGCUCCCACUACUCGGGCGAUAAUGUCAUACAUACCUAUAUUACCUAUUUUUAGUCACCAUGCAAUUUGCUUAAACGAAGUGGCUGGGGUCACUUUUUCACUUUCAUCUUUG